AGCAACACAUAUUUACCACUCAUAAGUAGUUGGCUAGAAACUGUUCGGAUUUAAGGAACACAUUUACUCCCAAGUGAAAUCAAAUACUGCUCCACCCAGAAAACCACAAACUCCUGUCAACUCUGUAACUACACUGUGCAGCAAUGUCCAGAUCGGCAAAGGGCUUCGGUCGCUUAAUCAAUCCGGGCGUGGUGCUCAAUCCGGAACUGAACCAAAAGAUAGCCGCCUUCGAGGCCAUGGCCACCGAGCGAUCUGAUCUGGAUCACGAAUUGAGCCGCCUGCGCCAGCAGCAGGACGACACCGAGGAUAAUUUGGCAGAGGCGCUGGCCGAGGACGAGUUCCAGUGCAGUUUGAGGGGCCAGCCGUUCAUGGGUCCCAACGAGGAGGAACUGCAGGAAAUCCUGAGGAGUCAACUCGGUGGCAUUGUCAACAAGCUGGCUGCCAAGUACGAGCGCCUUAUUUACCUGGAUGAGGACAUCAGAAAGCUGAAGGGAGCCAUUGAGAAGGCCAUCACAGUGGCUAACAACGAGUCGGCAGCCGCCGCCUCCAUGUGAAGAUAUAUUCCCAACUCAUUUUCAUGUUCAACUAUAAUCAGUAAAAUAAGUGUUACUUUUGGAUUGCCGUCCCCGUUCGAUUCACACAUUCCAUGCCGCUGGCCAUCUUAAAUCAUUUGGGCGAAAUUAAAGCCGCAACAAUCUCAUUUCCGGCCAUUCUUUAUGCACUCGCGCACAGACAAUCCAACGCCAGCCAGAAGACAUUGCCAAUUUAAUUGCGUAUACGCACUGUUGCCACUGCUGCCACUGCGGCAGUGCUGACUCUAUCGUUAAGUGCAUAAAUUCAAUAAUGCCGAGCGUCUGGCGGUGUCAACGCGCUGCAAAGAUAUAGACUUGCAGGAUCGAUAAAGCUGCAGCUUGAAAAUUUAUGGAAUUUCCUGUGCAAUGCAUACGGCUGCCAUUACUGCCAUGCUGAAUUUAUUUAAGUAGACUACUGCUGCAAGAACUGGAGAAAAAAUGCAUUUGUUAUAUUGCCUUUGCGUAAACCCCAAAAUGUUCAGAAAAUGAUUAUACCUAGCAAUUCAAU